AUGGUAAGCUCGAAACGGGCGCGCACGCGCCGAUCGCAUGUGCUGGGCGGCUGCAGCACUUGCAGACGGCGACACGUCAAAUGCGACCAGAAACGGCCCGCUUGCCGGACUUGCCGUGCGCUCGGAGUCACCUGCGAGGGAUUUCCCGAUCAAGUUCUCUGGAUGCGUGAUGAUGAGACCGGCGAGGCAGGCGAUGGUGGUCACCGCGGGACUCGUCGGCAUUUGUACACCGAGGAAUCGCGAUUGUCCAUGAGCACGGCUCUCAGCUCUAAUCUGAUAUCGGGCUCGAUUGAUGCGUCUUUGGCCGAAGUCGAUGUGAGGUCCCGGGAUCCGGACCGGUCGCUUGAAAACGACAUCGUCAUCGGUCCCUUUGCUGUUCUCGAUUUCUCGGGGCCGUCUGCAGAAGCAGAGCCGCCAGUGGCGCCGACACAGAGAAAUGAAUCGACGCUCGUUGACCCGGCUCCGACAGGGGAUCCUGCGGACCCCGUCAUCCCUCCGGAGAUCAUUGAUGCGAGUCCGGUCUCGAUAAUCGAGUCGUUGUCGCAGAUGGAUGACUUCCUGCAUUGGUCCGACCUUUUAAGCUUCAGUCCCGACCAAGCCGGAUUUUCUACACUUCCAACGCUGACGAUGCCAAGUGAUCUAUCAUUUGAUAUCAACAACGAAACUGCACUGCUCCAAGGCCUGACGAAUGGUCCGGAAGAGCCGGCUCGAAUGCUGACGCCUCAGCAAACUCCAAUGGAGCUGGGCCCCACAACCACAGAUGUAUUGAAGGACGCGCAAUAUCUCCUAAAACACUUCCAGGAUGUUGUCAUUCCCCAAAUUAUGGCCAUUCCGUUCGGACAGAAAUCUCCGUGGAAGAUUCUGAAUCUGCCAGCGGCAGUAGUAGCAUUUGGAGAUACGACAUUCCUCGGAACAGAGGGAAUAAGUCAUGCUCGACUGGCCAAUCUCUACGGCCUUCUUGCUUGCUCUGCAAUUGAUUUAGCUUUGAAGCCACCCGCAAACCCAACACAGUCUACAGAGCAUUGGCUUCAAGUAGCGAAUCGGACAUAUCAGCAGGCGAAAGAUCAUAUCCAGGUCUCAUUACAACAUGAGACCCAAGGGCCAAAGAAGGCCAAAUAUAAGGAUCAGCUGAUGGCAGCCAACAUCCUCACACAAUAUGCGAUUCUGUCCGGGCAACAACAGCACGCCCGCUGCUUCUUGAUUGACGCCGAAAAGCUUCUACGUCUUCGAGGUUUAUCAAAGAGAAGGAUAUCCAAGAAAGCCCGGCUUUUGCACCACGUUUACACCUGGCUACGUAUCGUAGGCGAAAGUACAUUCGUCCUGCACGACUACAGCUUGUCAUAUGCCUGUCUCGGAACUCUCAGCUCCUCAUCCCGUUCCCAUUCCCAUGUCUCAGGCGGAGCCGGUAAUACCUCCGAAGUUUACACCGUGCAGAGCGAGCCUAAUCCUCGACUCGACGACUUUCUCCGAAUCGAAAACCAAAGCUCAGACAGCGAUCUCAACAUCGACGAACCCAAAGACCGAGCCUCCGGCUUCCAUGACAUCCAUCUACACGAUUCACGAAGUUUCCCAGAAACACUAUACAAGCAGAUUUACGGAAUCCCCGAGACAUGGCUGAGCCUUGUAUCGCAGACUACGAGACUAGCAAAUGUACUCGCAACACUCCUAGUUGCUCGCAACCUAAACAGGCCAGUCAACCUCGAGGCUUGGGAAUCACUACAGCGCCGCGCAAUGCGGUUAGAGAACAUGAUCUGCUCUUUCAACCUCGGUCUUGCGCGAGGCAAAUCUACAGAACUGCAAGCGACGUCGAAGCCGCAUGCGCACAUGCUCGAGGCACUGAACUCGGCCCUCGUCAUCUUUUUCUAUCGCCGAAUUCGGGAGGCACAUCCUGCUGUCUUACAGGGCCACGUCGAUAGUGUUAUUCAUGCACUGCAAGAAUGCAGCGCCUCUUUGUCUGAAGAGGUUUUCUCGGGCCCUGGGACCGCUUGGCCGGCCUUUAUUGCUGGAUGCGAAGCGAUAACGACACCGAGGAGAGAAGCUAUUAUGCAGUGGCUGGAGGACGCUGGCGAUAAAUGUGGAUUCGCUUCAUACGCAACCGCUCGCGAUAUCAUGAUUAAAUCGUGGCGGAGACAAGACGAGCAUCUCACAGCCAAUCGGCGUGAUGCGAUGCCGUGUUGGAUUGAUAUUGCCAAAGAGGAACAAAUUUGGCCUCUUUUCUGUUGA